CCAUGCUGGGGCUCAACCACCAUCGCCACGACUCCGCCAACACCACCGGGUUUCCACAGCUUAAAACAUCGUUCAGUUCGGGAGGUUCAUGUAUAACCGGCCUGGCUCACCUAGAUGCCGGAAAGGAUUUCUCCGCGGAUGGGCUCGGCUUUAAUAAGAAGAAAAAGAAAAAGAGACGACACAGGACGAUCUUUACUAGCUAUCAACUAGAGGAGCUAGAGAAAGCGUUCAAAGAAGCGCACUACCCCGACGUAUAUGCUCGGGAAAUGCUAUCCCUUAAGACGGACCUACCUGAAGACCGAAUACAGGUCUGGUUCCAAAACCGACGCGCAAAGUGGCGGAAGACCGAGAAGUGCUGGGGACGAAGCACCAUCAUGGCAGAGUACGGACUGUAUGGUGCCAUGGUGCGCCACUCUCUGCCACUCCCGGAGACCAUCCUGAAGAGCGCCAAGGAAAGCAACGAGUGCGUGGCGCCAUGGCUCCUAGGAAUGCACCGAAAAUCGAUAGAAGCCGCUGAACAACUGAAAGACGACGGCUGUGGCUCAGAUAAGGAGGACCAACACGAAACUUCUUCCAUGACAACAGACAAGAGUGACAACAGCACAAACAACUCUUCGUCACAACAGCAGCAACAGCCACAGUUGAACCAGAGCGCCGCAGAGAAUAACAACAAAGAAAUCCAUCAACAUCAACUUCGACUACAGGAGCUUCAACAUCAAAUCGACCAUCAGAAUCAGCAGUCGUCUGCCCUCCAGCUUGCACACGCGACAGAUCCGGAGGAGUUUCGUAACAACAGCAUCGCGUGUCUGCGCGCCAAAGCACAGGAACAUAGUGCAAAAAUUCUUAGUCUUAGUGCAGACGCUGUGAUGCUGGUGAAUAGGGGUAGGAACGGAACGACGUCCGCGGUUAACAGCGUGACGACUGCUUCGACGGCGCCUCACUGCGACGCCAAUGCCAACAGUCUAACGGGUCGUCAGCAUCAAGGAGAUGUGAUUCUUACUUCGUCAGAUACAUCAUCGUCCAUGUUCUGACAGCGAACUGGGGAAGACUGAGGCGAGCUACGUACACUUUAAAAUAGUCGUCUUAACGUAUUUUUGUACCUACACAUUCUAAAAAUGUCAUUAAAUACCCACUCUCAGUUCGAUAAUAAAUAAAUGCAGCGAUCAAAUAUCUCCAACACAAAUCGGAGUUUAAAGCUACACGGUGCAAUAAAUUUACUUAUAUGAGACAAGGAACUCAAACAUAUUGUAUUUUAUCAGUUGGGGCUCUCUU